ACUGCCAUGGAAAAUACAGACGAAUCUUAGGGAACAAGUGUUCUGAAGCUAUCCUCAGUAAUGAAGCAGUUGUGACAGACAACACCUAUUUGCCAAGUGAAACAAUGACUGCAAAAUCAGCAGUUCGCAUGUUAGUGUGCUUUCUUCAAUUAUGCGUUGUAAAUGGGCAGGUAAUAUGUGAGAGGCAAAUGACUGCUGAAUGGCGAGUGGAACCAAAACCCAGUAUAAUAAAAUGGACACCAAGGGAAAAUAUCUGCUCGGACUUCUACACCGAAUGCUGGAAUAUGAAUAAAAGUAUUACUGGGGAAAUCUCAGACCAAAAUCUCAGUAUCCCUCAGAUAUGCCCCUUACAGCUUCAGUUAGGUGACAAUCUCUUCAUCUCCUCUGAGCCAUCCUUUCAGUCUUAUGGAAUGAAUUUGGUAAAUGUCUCCAAGGAAGAAUUUAUUAACUGCCCUAAAGCUGGUUUUCUUCAAGAGCAGUUGAUUUUUGUUUGCCAGAUACGAGGACUUCACCAAGUUGACCCUAACUGGCUUGGUGUUGGAACUCAUUACUUUGCAGAGCUUUAUAAGAGAGGCCCGCUAUUGUGCAACAUGGGCCUUCGUCUGAACGUAACCGUGAAGCAGCAGUUUUGCCAACAGUCUCCAAAUGCACCAUUAUGCUCUGGGCAUGGAAAAUGUCUAAGCCAUAUUUGGGAAAAAGAAUAUAAUUGCCAUUGUUUCUCACAGUAUUCUGGAAGAUUCUGCCAGAAGUUUGAUAUGUGCUCCACUAAACCUUGCCACAACAAUGCCUCCUGCACCGAGAAAUCAGAACUUUCUGGAGAUUCUUACGAAUGCACGUGUCCUCCACAAUUUUCAGGUAAAAAUUGCACGGAAAUAGUUGGACAGUGCCAGCCACAUACGUGUUUCAAUGGUAACUGCAGUAAUGUUACUCCAAACACUUUUCUUUGUGAAUGUGACAAGGGCUAUACAG